CCAGCAUCGAGUCUAUUGCACUGCUCGCGACGGAAUUAUUGCUUUCUCUCUUUUGCUAUUCCUUCAACUAAGGCUUGCUAUCUUAUUUAGCCUUCGGAUAUUAAUUUUCCACCUCUUGCGCUCCAGCCUUUUUGCCCCAGCUUUCGUCCCAAGGCCAGCUCGUUUUCUAGAACGGAAGAUCACGUGACUCAGCAUGCAUUCCAUUUGAGCAUCUGCCGCCGUGGACUUCCCUAUUUGGCAGGAUGUUUCUAGUGACGUCGUUCAGUCGCUCAUUCGCGAUAUCAAUCCAACACACCUAUUGCAACAAAUCCUAACAAAAAUAUUCCAGCCCAACCUACAGCCCAACCUUCAUCCCGUUGCGCUAAAAAGGAAGAGCAUGAAGUUCUUCGCCUUGCUCCAACUCAGUCUAUUCACCGCCGCAACCGCAGCCACGGCUCCCCCAACGGACCAACAACCGCUCCGCCGGCCAGAGCAGCAGCAGCGUCUGCCUCCUCACCCACCUCCAGGCCACCUCCCCGUCAUGAUGGGCUCCUCCGGAAACGACAGCCAAGUCCAGCCCGCCGUCCUGCUGUACGACAUCCUCGGCACCCAGCGCUCCCUCACCACCUUCUUCUCCCUCACGCGCAUGCACGAGUCCACGAGCGAGCCCCUCUCCGACGCAAAGACAAACACCACCGUCCUCGCGCCGAACAACAUCAUCAUCGACGACCUGCCGCGGAAGCCCUGGGAGAAUCCUGGCGACUAUGCCGCCCUGGGUGAGCAGGCGUAUGACGGCUCCGGGGGCAAAGAUCGUGCAGACGACAACAUGCGCAAGUUUGUAGAGGCGCAUCUUGUCGUCGGGACGAGUCCCUGGGAGGCCGGCGUGAAGGCAAAGACGGCUGCAGGGACGGAGGUGUGGUGGGAGACGAAGACAGAUAAAGAUGGCAACGAGAAGAGGGUGAUUAUGCCGGAUGAGGUUGUAGUAGACCGUGUGGCCAGCCGAGUUGCCAACGGCGAGGUGUGGAUUUUGAAUGGCGUCUUGAACUACGCAUAAUGAUAUGAUGAUACCUUUUCUUCUUUUAUAUGCUACGACUAUAUGCAAACUCUUUUAUUCUUGUUCUUUUAGCAGCACAUGUUUGCAGUGUAAUAAUUUAGCUGCAACAAGCUAAGCCUUUACUGAGGCGAUGUAUGAUAUGAUUUACUUCAUUAUGAAUGUUUGGAAGAUCAUCUUCGAUAAUAUGAACAACUACCUAGCCACUUCGUAAAUGUGC